AUGGGUUUAUGCCACUCAAUUACUUAAUUUUAAGGAGAAAUCAAUUUCUAAGUGACCAACGCUGAUUACUAAAAUGGUCAUUAUAGUGGUUCAAUCUUAAUUAGCAAUCCAGCAUUGGAUAACUCUCAUUACCUAAAUGUCAAUCUGAUUGGGAUUGAGCAUAUUACUACAAAAGGAUUCACUAUUUCUAAUUAAUUCUUAGAUGUCAACCUUAUGCGACGAAAACUAAACGGAGAAGCUCAACUUCAUAUCCCUUUUGAUCAACAUAUUUAAUGGUAACCUAUUUAUUAGAAUUAUUAUUCAAUAAUUGCUGAAUAAACUCUCUCCACAAUAAUCUAUUUAGAAUGUUUCUUAGCUGUAAUUAAAGAUUAUAAUGAUAGAAAAGUUCUUCAGCUUCUUCAUUGAGUAGCAGUGUUGUACCUAAUACUAGGUAAAUUCAUGUUGUUAAAACAAAAAAGGAUAGAUAUGAUACUAAACCGAUAUCUCUCAAUUAUGAACCAAAAUUUGCUGGUUUUGCUCCAAUAAUUUAGUUCAAGUAUAGAUUUAGUUAUAAAUAUAGUUUGGAUAAGGAUGUAUAUAGGAUAGGUGAACAUUUAAAAGGGAUAUUAUAAAUUGAUAAUACAAAAUCUCAAUAUAGUUUAGUGAAGAAUCAGAUUACUAUUUUAUAAAUCAUUGAUUUACUCAUAAAAAAUGAUACCAAAUAUAAACGAGUAAGAUUUGCUAAUGAUUAUUAGUUACCUCCACAAACAAUGAUUUAGUAAAGAUUGGAUAAUAUGCAUAGUGAAAAAAGAACUCUAGAUAUAGAUAUAGUUAUAACCUAAUCUUUUAAGGAUGCAUGUUCAUAUCCAGGAAAACUUUACAAAGUUAAUUAUUUAAUUCAAUUAGAAUUUAUGUGGGAAGAUUAAUAAACCCAUAUUCUGUCUAAUGAAAUUGUAAUUAAUAAUGAUUAUAAUUGA